UCUUGGACAUGAAGCAAUGCGAAGAAUGGCUACUUCCGACAUCUUAAUCUCUGGAAUGAAUGGUCUCGGUCUAGAAAUAUCAAAAAAUGUGAUUCUAGGCGGAGUGAAAUCUGUCACAAUUCACGAUACAAAAAAUUGUGAAUUAUCUGACUUGUCUUCUCAGUAUUAUCUAACUGAAGAAGACGUUGGAAAAAAUCGCGCCGAAGUCUGCCGUUCAAAGCUAGCAGAACUUAAUCCAUAUGUUUCAGUUAGUUUACACACUGGAGAAUUAAGAGAGAUUAUACAGAAGUUUAAAGUUGUUGUUCUUACAGAAUCAUCAUUAGAAGAACAGUUACAAAUAGCAAGUAUAACUCAUCCUUUGAAUAUAGCAUUAAUUAUAGCAAGUACAAAAGGAUUAUUUGGUCAGAUUUUCUGUGAUUUUGGAGAGAACUUUACAAUAAUAGAUUCAAAUGGAGAGCAACCUGUUUCUGCUAUGGUAGCAUCAAUCAGCAGAGAUAGUGAAGGAGUAGUUACCUGUUUAGAAGAAACAAGACAUGGGUUUGAAGAUGGCGAUUAUGUUACAUUUUCUGAAAUUCGAGGAAUGGUAGAAUUAAAUAACUGCGAACCAAGAAAAAUUAAAGUUUUAGGUCCGUAUACAUUCAGUAUAGGUGAAACUUCAGAUUUCAGAGAGUAUAUUAGAGGAGGAAUUGUUACUCAAGUUAAAAUGCCAAAGACGAUCUCAUUUAAACCUCUUGAAGAAUCUUUAAAAUCACCUGAAUAUAUAAUGUCCGACUUUGCAAAAAUGGAACGACCACCUCAAUUGCAUAUUAUUUUUCAAGCUUUAGAUUUAUUUCAAAAUCAGUUCAAUAGAUUACCUAGACCAUGGAAUCAGGAAGAUGCAGAUGAAAUGGUGUCUUUGAGUCACAAAGUAAACAAACAGGCUCAGCAAGUGGAAGAGAUUGAUGAAGAUUUAGUGCGAACCUUUUCAUAUGUAGCUGCUGGAAACUUAUGCCCCAUGCAGGCAAUAAUUGGUGGAAUUGCAGCACAAGAAAUAAUGAAAGCUUGCAGUGGAAAAUUUGGACCAAUUAAACAGUGGUUUUAUUUUGAUGCAUUAGAAUGUCUUCCUCCUGAACAAAAAGUGAAUGAAGAAUCUGCUACUCCUCUUGGAAGUAGAUAUGAUUCACAAAUAGCAGUAUUUGGAAGAGAAUUUCAAGAAAAACUUUCAUCCUUAAAAUAUUUUGUGGUUGGAUCGGGUGCAAUAGGGUGUGAACAUUUAAAAAAUUUUGCAAUGAUGGGAAUUGCUUCUGGUGAUGGAAUGAUCUAUGUUACUGAUAUGGAUACCAUUGAAAGAUCAAAUUUAAAUAGGCAAUUUUUAUUCAGACAGUGGAAUGUUGGUGCUAUGAAAUCUGAAACUGCUGCAAAUGCAAUUUUGAAAAUGAAUCCCGACAUUCAUAUUACUCCUCAUCAAAAUAGAGUUGGACCAGAUACUGAACAAGUCUACAAUGAUUCCUUUUUUGAAUCUUUAGAUGGAGUAGCAAAUGCACUGGAUAAUGUUGAUGCAAGAACUUACAUUGACAGACGGUGUGUUUAUUAUCGUAAACCUCUGCUGGAGUCCGGUACCUUGGGUACAAAAGGAAAUGUACAGGUUGUCAUUCCUUUCCUUACUGAAUCAUACUCAUCAUCUCAAGAUCCUCCAGAAAAGUCCAUUCCAAUUUGUACUUUAAGAAAUUUUCCAAAUGCUAUUGAGCAUACAUUACAGUGGGCAAGAGAUGAGUUUGAAGGCUUAUUCAGACAGGCACCAGAAAAUGUAGUUCAUUAUUUAAAUGAUCAACAGUUUAUUGACAGAACAAUUAGACUACCUGGGAAUCAGCCAUUGGAAAUACUGGAAUCGGUGAAGAGGAUUUUGGUGGAUGAAAGAGCUAAUAACUUUGAAGACUGCAUUAGAUGGGCACGUUUAUAUUUCCAAGAACAGUACCACAAUCAAAUAAAGCAACUUUUAUACAAUUUUCCACCAGAACAGCUGACAAAUUCUGGUGCUCCUUUCUGGUCGGGACCCAAAAGAUGUCCUCAUCCUCUCGUUUUUAAUGUUAAUAAUGAUCUUCAUUUAGAUUUUAUUGUAGCAGCUGCAAAUUUAAGAGCUUUUAUGUUUGGAAUACCGCAAAAUACAGAUAGAGAAUACAUUUCAAAUUACGUUACUACUGUAAAGGUGCCUGAAUUUUCCCCCAGAUCCGGUGUGAGAAUUGCUGUCUCCGAAAAUGAAGCUAAUCAAGAGAAUUCUGUGACGGAUAACGAUCGCCUUAAUCAGAUUCAAGAGCAGUUACCUACAAAACAAGAUAUGGGAAGAGUUUCAAUUAAUCCAAUUGAUUUUGAAAAGGAUGAUGAUUCUAACUUUCACAUGGAUUUUAUUGUAGCGGCAUCUAAUUUGAGAGCAGAGAAUUACGAUAUUCCACCUGCAGAUCGUCAUAGGAGUAAAUUAAUAGCUGGAAAAAUAAUUCCUGCCAUUGCUACAACAACAGCUUUGGUUUCAGGAUUAGCUUGUUUGGAAUUAUACAAACUUGUUCAACAGCAUAAAAAAUUAAGUUCCUAUAAGAAUGGCUUUGUUAACUUGGCUUUACCGUUUUUUGCCUUUUCUGAGCCAAUUGCCGCUCCUAAACUGAGUUAUCAUAACACGGAAUUCACUCUUUGGGAUCGAUUUGAAGUGCAGGGAGAAAUGACAUUACGGAGGUUCUUGCAGUAUUUUGAAGAUAAUUAUAACUUAGAAAUAACAAUGUUGUCUCAAGGUGUUAGUAUGUUGUAUUCAUUUUUUAUGCAAAAUGCAAAAAAGGAGGAGCGACUCGAUUUGAAUCUGUCGGAGGUUGUUAAGCUGGUGUCGAGGAAAAAUAUCGAACCCCACAUCAGAGCUUUAGUGUUUGAACUGUGCUGCAACGACACAAACGGCGACGACGUGGAAGUACCUUAUGUGAAAUAUAAUCUUCCAUAGUUUCGAAUCGAUUGCAAAUGUCUCUUGCAGUUGUGAAUUUGUAUAAGUCUACACUAGUUUGCAGUUUUGAUGAGACUUGAGAUGUUUAGGCUAAUUCAUACAUUUUCAUUAAAUUUUAUUUUAAAAAAUUAAACUUUAUAUAAUCUCGUAAUUUGUAUUUAUUUCACGAUGGGACUGCUUUUUUCUGAGAUUCAUCUACAAAAUUGGCCCAUCUUUUUUUAGUCUGUAUUUUUUUUUUCUUUCUCUUUUGAGAGAUCGUUUAUACCAUACUAAAUAAAUGUUCACACAAGGUGGAAAAUAAAA